AUGAAGGGAAUCUUGGCUCUGACGACGUUGGUCGCCGUCGGAUUCUGUGCUCAGACGUCGGCUCCCGGAGGCGUCGGUUAGCAUUAUCCAAAUUGUCAACAAGAGAUAACUAUGAGAAAAAUGAAAAAAAGUAUAGGAAAGUGGUUAAAAAAAAGCUUAACAAAAGCUCUUAAAAAAAAGUAAACUAACUUGAAAAAGGUCGCAGAACGAUAUCUGCUUUUUUUAAUUUUUUUUAAAAAAAAAGAAGAAAAAAAAUAAAACCAUUGAUAAAAAAAAUUUUUGAAGCCAAGUUUAUGAUAGUUUUUAAAAUAUUUUUUUGUUUUUCCUUUUCAGAUAGUUUUAAAAAGAAAAACUUCUACAGAUUAGACUUGUAUCAUUUCCAUUUCCACGUUCUUCCAAACGUUUUUUUAAUUUUUCGAAAUUUUGACCGUGGUUUAAUGGUUUUUAAUGAAAAAAACUUCUAGUUUUGAAAGUAUGCAACUUCCCAUUUUUCAAGUUUAUCAAUUUUUUUCUUAAAAAAAUUUAAAAAAAUUAAAAAAAUGAUUUCUUGGAUUUUUAGUUUAAAACCUUUAUGUGUUUUGUACUUUCCGAAAAAAAUAGCGCUUUAGUGUGCAACUACCCGGCGACAGGCGAUGAGACGACAGAAAACGCGGUUCCGAUCGCGACUUUCCGCACGUCAGGAGAAGACUUCAUCAGGUCAGUUCAGAAGUGUCCGUCAGAGCGCGGAAGUCGCUUCAUUACAGGCCUCAAUGGUGCAUCACCCACUGCCAGGAUCGCAAGUCCAUCAAGGCCGCCAUGCUCUUUCAGCCGGCUAACGCCACUUCCGGUUGAAAACUUUUAUCAACAUGAAUAUUUGAGGCUCAUUAACAACAUGGCUCUGCAACUUUUUUUCCAGGCUUACUGAUGCAGGUCAUUUUACUUUGGGGCUGGGAAUUGCCUGAAACUCGACCGGAAUACUCCUCAAUCUAUCAAAAGAAAUUUUGAAAGUCUAAACCUGCUAAACUUCCUAGUUUUCAAAGAAUAAGGGUUCAAAGCCCCAUAAUGGUCUAUUUUAAUGGGAUUUGAGGGUUUUUUUUGACUUUGAGGUGUGCUUUAUGAAAAACUAGAAAGCCGUGCAGGAUGAGACUUUCAGGGUCUUAAUCUGGUACAUCAACGAGUGUUCUGGGCGAUUGUGAAGGAAUUAUCAACCGCAAAGUAAAAUUACCUUCCUCUUGAAGAUUCAACGGGCAGACUCAAACACAAACUUUGUUUUCGUAUUUAUUUAUUCAUCUAUUUUGUGAAACAGUUUUACACUGCUAAACAAUUCGUAAGAUUAUGAACUGGGGGGUGCAAUCGAAGUCUGACACAAGAAACAAACUUUCCAUGCUUUCAAUUUUCGAAUUUCGACUUUAGCAGUGAGAAAAAGAUCGGGGUGACCUCUGAGGACUCCAAAUAGUGAUCAUAAGUUGUAGCGGCUGAAUUACGCUGUCCCGAAAUAUGAAAAGCCUCAGCUUAUAAAAUAUCAUAAUCCUUACUUAACAUGAGCAUUUCAGCCGUCUACAAGGUGAGGACUACUGUCAAGUCCGACAGGAAAGUGAUGGUCGAGCCGGAGUUGAAAAAAGGAACGCCGACUCACCGCGACGACGACCCGUUCAGUGAGUUUCUUCUCUCAAGUCUGGUCACUUCAGUGGUUUCAGACUUUUGCGUUGAUGAUGAACUUUCCGCGCUUGUCGACGCCAUCUUCGACAAGGUGAUUGGGCUGAAAAAUGUUGCAUGAGUCUUGAAAAGUCGACUUCUGUGAAAAAUCCAAAAAAAAAUGUGCUCCAUUUUUCGGCUGCGAGUUUGAAUUGUAAAAACUAAUUUUUUAUUUAGUUUUUUUUUUCAAAAUUUCAUUAUAAGAUUCCGAUUUAAUUUUCUUCAGUUUCAAAAAAUAAUUUACAUUUUCAGUCGUUAGAGUGAUCUAUUGCGAAAAAUUAAUGAAAAUAAAAUCAGUUUUCGAUUGAAAGAAGGUUAAAUUUUUAAUAUGAUUCCGCAAAUUUUUAAUCAGGUUCUCUAAAAUCGAGUAUUUCGCUCAAUUCUGCCAUGUCUUUUUUUGGAACUUCGGAAAAAUUUAUACUUCGCUCAUUCGAAAUCCGAAAUUCGAAGCAGUCUGACCUGUUUUUGCGCUGAUAUCUUUUCUUUUUGACCAAGCCGAUGACGGAAAAUAGGAGCAGGUAGAAAAGACAGUUUCAAGAUGUAGGGCUACUAAAAACGUUCCAAAUCAGUUGGAUCUUUUUAGAGAAAACUUUGGAAUGAACUUUUUUUGAAAAACAAUGAAUUUUUCAGUACAACGACAUCGAAGACAUUUCGGAGGCUCUCAACUACUACGUCAACAAGCCGGGAUGGGCCUUCCUCGUCUAUGACGUUAGUUCUCAUUCACUUAUCAAAAAAAUAUACCUAUAGUUUGACUCAUUGAAAAGUAAUAUACAUAGAAAGGAUGGAAAGAGACUUCAUAGAAAUUUUCCUUUUAUGGUGACGAAGGCUUCUUUUUUCCUGUCUUUUUGCGUCAUUUUCUAAGCCCUUAUGUCCCAUUUUUGCUGCCUCUCCCUUUUCUAACCAUUUCUCGAGCUUUUAAAAUCCCAGAAAAAUGGAAGGCUUGAUAAAGGGAGUCUCUUUGCGGCCUUUUUUUAAGUCUCUCUCUUUUAACGGCCAUUUUUCACCAUUCCGAAUAUGCCCAAGAACAGGAGCGUCAGAAAAGGUACGGAAAAAAAACGCUAUUUUGACCCCAAAGCUCCUGGACGAGAUCCGAUACUACUGAAACGUUGAUGAAUGUCAUUUGCAACCCUGGUCAAUCUUCAGUUCGCUGAAAAAAAAACGUAGAAUUUAAAAAAAUUGAAUAUCAUAAAAAAAGUCUUGUCCAAAAAAAAUUUUUGUUCGUAUCUUUUCUCACAAAACUGUAUAAUGAGAAAAUAGCUUUGCCUCGUGUCUGCAGUAUUAAAAAAAAAUCGUCGAAAGGCAGUCUAAUAGGAAAGAUUUUCAAAUAUCAAACUGAAACGUGAACGGGAGCAUAUAUCAAAAUGAUAUUUAAUGAAAAGAAACCUUUUCCCUUGCAGAUGGGACCGCCGCCGUCGAUCAUCGCCAGCGACAACGUCCACAAGGACACGAACUUCUGCAUGAAGACCAUCAACAAGGUUUCCGUUGGAUUGUAUUCUGGACAUCUUUAGAAUCAAAUUUUUCGAGCUUCAAUUCAAAAAAUGCUUAUACUACAGAGACAUAAUUUAUGACUUUUUUUUUAGAAGAUAGAAACUGAAGUUAUUCAAAACUGAAAAAUAACAUAUUACAGGCAGGGGUCUGAUAUGCAUAGAAGAGCAUUUUUCAGGUUCAGACUAAUCUUUUCCAUUUCCUCUGACUUUUUACAUCUGAAAACUUAGAACCUGGCUUAUGCUCCUUUUUUUUACAGAAAGUAUCGGCUUUCCUAAAAAAAAGCAAUUUUCAUGAAUCCCCAGUAAAAAUUUUUCGCAACUAAGUUAAAUGUAAACGGAUUUUUUUUCGGUUCGAGAGGAUCAAAUUUCAAUGAUUCGAAAUUUAUUUUCAAAGCACCAUUCCAGCGAUCAGUUUCAAUCUAAACAAAUUCCAAAGCAAUGAAAUUCAAACGUCGAAAAACUCUGAAUUCAAAUUGUCUCUCAAUUAUUUUUUCCUAUUUCAUUGGAGAACGGAGCAGAAUAGUUUUUUUAAAACUGAUUCCCCUAUUUUUACUGAUAAAAUCUUUUCAGCAAAACCCCGAUGGCUCCUUCGCGAUGUAUCAAAUGCUCUCUGGCCUCAUUCAAAAAUAA